UGCUCAUCGGGGAUACGCGCCAUUUAUGUGUUUGUCAGAGAUUUGCUCGAGAUCAUGUCCGCAUCAACAACGUUGCAGGGGAGAAUGGUCGGCCCCCUGGACAAGCGCAGGCGGAUGACGCGCUGCCUCGGCUGCGCGAAACGACGCAUCAAGUGUGAAGGAGGAUUUCCAUGUGCUCAUUGCAUUCGACAAAACACGAUGUGCGUUGCCCAGCAGCAAUCGGGACAUGGUAUGACUACCUUUGUCAACAAAACCCAGCAAGAUGGCUUUCGUCGAGACCAUCGAAGAUCUGAUCAGCAGUGCAUGGCUAUUCCAAAUAAUCACAGCUCCGGGGCUCAGCCACUUUCUUUCAUCGGCAGGGAUAAGGGUACCCGCCUUCUUGAUUAUUUUGCCUCCUUUAUUCAGCAGAAUAUGUUCACAAUGAGCUUCUCAUCAAUAGUUCCAGAGCUGCUUCCUCUAAUUUCAACUUCUCCGGCCCUAUACCAUGCAGUAAUCGCGGUUGGUGCAUUGGAUGCCAACCGACAUACUGGCGGACGCGCAUUAGAGGGAGAGAAAUCCCCCUAUGUGGAUGCCAUGACCUCUUACCAUAAGUCAAUGGGUAUGCUGCGCUCGUCUCUCGGAAAAAGUGAUGUGAUGCAAAGAGAGGACAUUCUUUGGGCCACAUUUUUCCUAGGGCUGUUUGAGUUACUGUCAGACGACUCGGGUGAAGGCUGGGUCAAGCACAUGCUCUAUGGGACAUCAAAAAUGCUCCAGCUUGCAGGACCAAGCGAUUGCAUGUCAUCGGCUCGAAGGAUAUUCUACGACCUGUUUCGUGUCCUCGAAGCCAGCCGAGCAUUACUCUUUAAUGAAGAAACAAUACUUUCUCAGGAAUGCUGGCUUCGACUCCACAAAUCUCUUUCGAGCAAUUCCACUGGAUGGGAUCCCAUGGAAGAGAUUAUAUCCCUCAUGAUUGAGACAUCCGCGUUCAGCCUACGAGCCGGUGCUAUAAUUGAGAUGAUUCCUGAAGCAAAACGGUUCACAGAUCCAUCAGUUGCUCUGAUUGCGGCUGAAGGACUCAAUUUCCAAGAAACUAUCUAUAACUGGCACACGAAGACGUUGCUGCAGCUGGUCCAGGAUGGUCCUAAUCAAUAUUCGAACUUGGCUUUGCUGUAUUAUCACGCUCUGCUAAUUUUCCUCUCUGGCAACUAUGACUAUUUCCCAUACUGGGACAAUAUCCCAGCCCCGGUGCUAUCCCCUGCUGAAAUUUCCGAACACCUGACUACUAUCCUGUAUCUCUCGGGCGAGGUGUUGUGCCACUCCAAGAUUCCGGGAGUGAUGCUGUUGUUCCCAGUAACUGUUGCAGGGGCUCGAGCUCGGAGUGUUGAUCAACAAUCUGAAAUACUGAACCUGCUCGACCUGGUCUUCCACAAAGGAUUUGUGGUCGCAAACAGGAUACGGGAUAAUUUGCUAGAACGGUGGGGCCAGAGGGAUCGGGAAGAGACAAUGCAUCUGGUCACAUGA